CCUAGCGCCCUUGAAGUCGACCCCACCCCACCCAUACAUGCUACAAUCCGCACCUUUGGAGCAUGGUUCAUUCUCUUCCACUACAACCAUCGCUUCCAUUCCCCCUCAAUUGAAAGUGGAGUAAUACAUAUAUUUGCAGGCUAGCGGAAAUGAACGAGUCUAAAGUAUACGAAUGCCUAUACUGCGGUAUCCCAGUGGCGGCUACAACCGUCGCCCUCCUUGACGUUCUAUCACCAUCUACGCUCGAGAGGUUUUCCAAAACCAACCAAUCACUUCCACCCAUAGAAUUUGACAAUGUCAGCAAGGAAUGCCAGAACUUAUCACAGGGAAUCUCUUCUAUUGAAAGUCAGAUCUUGCGUUUGCAGGCCAGUAUGGAGAGUUUGAGGAAAGAACAGGAGAGGUUGAGAGAGCGGCUGGAGGCAUACAAACCACUCAUUCAUCCUAUCCGACGUCUUCCGGAUGAGGUUUUGGCAUACGUAUUCCGCAUUUGCGUCGAUAUGGAUGUUGAAGAGCUUCAAAGGAAGGAUAGUGCCUACUGCCAACGAUAUCCGGGUUCACUCGACACUCGAAAGGCACCCUGGGUACUGGGGCAAAUUUGUCGUAAAUGGAGGCUGUUGGCUUUGUCGUUACCCCAGCUUUGGACGGUGUUCGACCUGGAUUGGAGGUACGACGAUCUGUUGUGGGAGUAUCAUCAAUCGUUGGACGUAUUGUUGUCGAUUCAGCUACAACGAUCUCGAGACCAACCGCUCACCGUCACGUAUUGUGGACUACGACCCUCGAGUUCCAACACUCCACGCUCCUCUAAUGGGAGGCUACUCCUCACUCUUUGCUCGAGGUCAUUCCAAUGGAGUAAAGCCACGAUUCGAGCGGACGCGGAAAGCCUACAGGAACUUUCCCAUUACAAGGGGAUGUUUCCGUAUCUUACCGACCUCCACGUUCAUUUCCUCUACCCCGGCCGAAUCGGUUGGGCCCGCGCUAGAGUUAACAAAUCCGUAUUCGAUACCUUCUUCGACACACCGAAGCUUCGUAGGUUGACAAUCACCGGAUACAUCGAAGGCCUUUCUGACCUGUCCGUCCGGUUUCCGUGGGCCCAAAUCACUCACUAUGCCGUUCACAACGAUACUCAGUGGUUUGCUGAUCUCGAAGAUCACUUUUCGGCUCUCAGUCAGAUGAAGAACCUCGAGUAUUGUUCUCUGGAGACCAGUAUUCCGAGUGACGGGAUCCUCAUUCCAAGCAAAUCGCCUGCACUUUCACAUCUCCAUACGCUAGUCUUGAGCCAUCGUCACAUCGAAAUAGAGGAGUCGGCCAUUGAUCCACUCCUGGAUUGGCUUACUCUUCCAUCGUUGCGGACGUUACGUCUUACAUGUGGACUAGAUUCCCCAUCCUCUCUUCUCUCGUUCAUACAGCGAUCUCAGUGUACCAUCGAGCAGUUAGCUAUACUGAGAUCAGUUAUGGAUGACGGAGCGUUAGUCCGACUUCUCAGCGCGGAUUGUUUCAAUCAUGUCCACACACUCGAACUUGGUGGCACGACUCCCCUCGACCUUGUCAAUAUCUCAGACACGGUUAUACGUGCUCUCGAGGUUCCUUCGCCGACGUCCACCCAAAGUAUUCUUGUUCCUCGCCUUCGAACGCUUGUUCUACAUGACGAGAAAGCCUGGUCGGAUGGAGUGUUUUUGGAUAUGGUCACGUCUAGGAGGGAAGUUGAGAAGUUUAAUGGGACUGUGGCGCGGUUGGAAAGACUGGUUCUCCAGGAUGCGGUAUCAGAGGGUGAGAAUGCGAUUAAAGAUCCGGAGAUGGUGCUCUGUAUGGAGGAGUUGUGUAGAAGUGGUUUGGUGUUUGAGGCUCGGUGGACUUGUGAUUCGGAAGAUUAUUUGUAUUGACAUCUGGUGUCUUUUCUUCUUUCGGAUAAUCAAUGACGAUCAUUAUGUAGCUAUUAGCUGACCACGUUCUACAUACUAUUAUCAGAUUUGAAUAAGAUGGAACCCAUCGUGCU